UGUUUCUUUACUUAGGGUUUUUGGGAGAAGAGAAUCAGAGCCGCAGCUGCCGCCGUCGCCAUGGUGAAGUUUCUUAAACCGAACAAGGCAGUUAUCGUCCUCCAGGGCCGAUACGCCGGCCGCAAAGCCGUCAUUGUCAGAUCUUUCGACGAUGGCACACGUGACCGCGCCUAUGGCCAUUGUUUGGUUGCAGGGAUAAAGAAGUAUCCGAGCAAGGUUAUCCGCAAGGACUCCGCGAAGAAAACCGCCAAGAAGUCACGCGUCAAGUGCUUCAUCAAGCUCGUCAAUUACCAGCACCUGAUGCCCACGCGCUACACCCUCGACGUGGACUUGAAAGACGUGGUUACCGUCGAUGCUCUCCAGACCAAGGACAAGAAAGUGGCCGCUUGUAAGGCAACUAAGGAGAGGUUUGAAGAGAGGUUCAAGACUGGGAAAAACAGGUGGUUCUUUACUAAGCUCAGGUUUUAAGUGUUUUAUUGGAACAUGUUUUAUGCUUAUGUAGUUUUAUCGAACAAUUUUGAAUUUAAUGACGGAUUUUGAAUCUGUUUGGGUAAGAUAUUUCUGGGUUAUUAUUUUUGUUAUUUUAUGGAACGUGAUUUGCUCAUUUCUAUAAGAAGUUUAAGCUUUUGAACUA